UUUCAGUUCACCUGAGGCAGUGAAUCCGUUUAUGCUGGAGGAAAGCAGCCACCACUCAGUUAUUCAUAAUACAUCAGUGAAGAGCGCCUACGAGUGAAAACAAAGUUGGCAAUUGUGCAGGUGCUGCGAUAGCCCAGUUCGUGAUUCUAUCUCCUUUUCCCACUGGAUAUGUAUUGAAUGCCUGUUAUGUGCCAGGCUCUGGUGAGAAUAUAGGAAUGAGCAAGAUAAGUGAGAAUCCUGUUCAGAUGGAGUUCACAUGCUGAGGACACAUAUUGUAUAUUACAGACAAUAAAGAGGACCUGUCAAAAGUGGGAGUACAAAAGAUAAAAGAGAUACUAUCUUUAUCCUCAAAGCCAAGAGGAUUCAGAUAAGCAAACGUGCAAUCUAGUAAUUGCUGAAAUGAAGAAAAACGGACCUCGGCUGCAUUAGUCAGGUAUAUCGCUUCCUACUAAAGGACACCAAACCUGAAGCCGAGUCUGACAUACGAGACAAAAGCAGCUGCUUUAGCUGAUGCAAAAUGGGAACGACCAGUGAUGAGAUGGUGUCUGUGGAACAGACCUCCUCUUCCUCCCUAAACCCCCUGUGUUUUGAAUGUGGCCAGCAGCACUGGACAAGAGAAAACCACUUGUACAAUUACCAGAAUGAAGUGGACGAUGACCUCGUCUGCCAUAUCUGCCUUCAGCCUCUGUUGCAGCCGCUGGAUACGCCCUGUGGACACACAUUCUGCUACAAGUGCCUCAGAAACUUUUUACAGGAGAAAGAUUUCUGUCCGUUGGACCGAAAGAGACUUCAUUUUAAGUUGUGUAAGAAAUCUAGUAUUCUGGUUCACAAACUUCUAGACAAAUUAUUGGUCUUAUGUCCAUUUUCUUCAGUGUGCCAUGAUGUAAUGCAGCGCUGUGAUCUGGAGGCACAUCUUAAAAACAGGUGUCCAGGAGCUUCUCAUCGGAGAGUUUCCUUGGAGAGACGGAAAACUAGUAAAACUCAGACCGAGCUUGAGAAUGAAAAUGGACCCACAAUAAUAGAUCCUCCAAGUACUUUACCCCCAGAAACAGACUGUCCCGGGACAGGUACCCUAGCCACCGAACGGAACUUGACAUCAGGAGCCCUUCCCGUGUGGACAGAGGAAGCUGGUCUGGACAACCCUGCCUUCGAGGAGAGCGCCGGGCCCGACACCGUACAACAGCCACUUAGUUUACCAGAAGGAGAAAUUACCACUAUUGAAAUUCACCGGUCCAAUCCAUACAUUCAAUUAGGAAUUAGCAUUGUGGGUGGCAAUGAAACGCCACUGAUUAACAUUGUCAUCCAGGAAGUGUAUCGAGAUGGGAUCAUCGCCAGAGAUGGGAGACUCCUUGCUGGAGACCAAAUUCUUCAGGUCAACAACUACAAUAUCAGCAACGUGUCCCAUAACUAUGCCAGAGCCGUCCUUUCUCAACCCUGCAGCACGCUGCAUCUCACUGUGCUGCGAGAGAGGCGCUUUGGCAGCCGGGCGCACAACCAUUCCGAUGGCAGCUCUCCACGGGAGGAGGUUUUCCAAGUGGUUCUUCAUAAACGGGACUCCGGUGAACAGCUUGGCAUUAAAUUGGUCCGAAGGACAGAUGAGCCAGGCGUUUUCAUUCUUGACCUGCUGGAAGGAGGCCUGGCCGCCCAGGAUGGCCGACUCAGCAGCAACGACCGAGUGCUGGCUAUCAAUGGGCACGACCUGAAGCAUGGCACCCCGGAGCUCGCUGCCCAGAUCAUCCAGGCCAGUGGAGAGAGGGUGAGUUUAACAAUUGCUAGACCAGGGAAACCUCAGCCUGGUAAUCCUGUCCGAGAAGCAGGAACUCACAGCAGCAGCCAACACCAGUCCCAGUCGCUCUAUCCCAGCAGGCCAAGCUCUCAUAAGGAUCUCACUCAGUGUGUUACAUGCCAAGAAAAGCACAUUACUGUAAAAAAGGAACCACAUGAGUCCCUCGGAAUGACAGUGGCCGGGGGCAGAGGAAGUAAGAGUGGUGAGCUGCCCAUCUUUGUGACCAGCGUGCCGCCCCAUGGCUGCCUUGCACGAGACGGCAGAAUCAAGAGAGGUGACGUGUUGCUGAACAUCAACGGCAUCGACCUGACCAACCUGAGUCACAGCGAGGCCGUUGCGAUGCUGAAGGCCAGCGCCGCCUCCCCUGCUGUGGCCCUGAAAGCGCUCGAGGUCCAGGUGGUGGAGGAGGCAGCCCAGAGCUCCGAAGAGCAGCCCAGCACCUUCAGUGAGAACGAGUAUGAUGCCAGCUGGUCCCCGUCUUGGGUCAUGUGGCUCGGCCUUCCGAGUACCCUUCACAGCUGCCAUGAUAUAGUUCUACGAAGAAGCUACUUGGGAAGCUGGGGAUUUAGUAUCGUUGGUGGCUAUGAGGAGAACCACACCAAUCAGCCUUUCUUCAUUAAAACCAUUGUCCUGGGAACCCCUGCUUACUAUGAUGGAAGACUGAAGUGUGGAGACAUGAUCGUGGCCGUGAAUGGCCUGUCCACCGUGGGCAUGAGCCACUCUGCAUUGGUUCCCAUGUUGAAGGAACAGAGGAACAAAGUCACCCUGACAGUUAUUUGUUGGCCUGGCAGCCUUGUAUAGGUCUUGGAAAUCGGCUGCCAGCCUUGCAUCUUCCUUUUUCAGGUUUUUGAAAGAAAACCAUUUGGUUUCAUUGUGUGUCUGGUUCCACACUACUGGCACAGCUGGUACACAUGGGGCCAAAACCCACCGUGAUUGUCCUUCUGUUUGUACUUCAAUCAUUUCUGUUAGCUCCGAAGCAGUCUUCCUCUCACCUUUAUAGCUUGUGUUUUUAAAAUUCAGACAAUCAGUUGUUAAAAUAUUACUACAGUAGUGAAUGAAGCCUCCCCGAACUGUGACCCGGCGAGCUGAUGAAAGAAUUUCUGGUGGCUCUGUCUUCAGUACGAGUCACACAACAAGUUACAUAUCCCAGGACAGGCAUGCUGUGAGUGCAUGCCUUUCAAAUUCGCGUGAUAACCAUUUGCCAUUUUUCGUCAGUGCCAACAUUUCAGAACUUCAUCCUGUUUAUAAUUUUUCUGGUAUGUGUUAUUCCUACUUUAAUCUCUCAGUACUCAGAGAUGAUGCAGAUGUAAGUCUGAUACCACUAAAUAGACUUUAACACAAAAAUAGGGAACUAUUAUUAGAAUAGUAGAGAAUAACAGAUGUUAUCCAAUGACAAAGGAAUUUAGAAGGUAAUGAUAGUUUAGUGCUGGAUAUGGUGAAAAGCUGUGUUUACUUGAAUAGUCCCCAAGCAUUAAAGAUUUACUUCCAAAGGAACAUUUUGCUAUGUGGGAAAAGUUUGAAGCAGUUUUUGCUAAAAAUCAUUUCUAGGGUUUGUAUUAUACUUACCAGCAAUCUUGGCUGGACAUGUUUUUGUGAUUUAUGCAAUUAAGCUAGAUGAUAAAGCUAAAACCAUAUUGCUGUUAAAUACACAAACAUAUAUCGCAGCUAAGUAGAAAGGAGACCUCUUUAUUUUACUCGGAUGAGAGUCUUUCUUGAGUGUCUUAGAAACCCUUAUAUUUCCUAUUAUUUCUUAUGAGCCUAAUUGUUUCAAACAAGAGACUAAGCAGUUCUGUUUUUUCUCUGAAAUCGUAGAUUUUAGAUGUUAAUGUCUUUGAAUCAGCUAUUGGUCACUAGACUAUUUCAUAUUUUUUUAAAUACUAUUGAAAUCUAUGGCCUAUUUUGUUUGUCUUUAUUCAAUAUGGUUGUCCUUUGGAGAACACAUAAAGGAGUAAGAGAAAAAUGUUUUCACCUUCUUAAUAAUUAUGCAUACUUGAAAAAAAUGUUUCACUUAGAAACCUAGUUCAGAAUCUGAACUAAUUUACAAGUGACCUCUGUAAUAAAUGGUAUUGAUCGUCAGAGAAUGUAUUUGAGAAUACUACCGUGUUAUGAAGCAUGAACACUUUAUCUUCAGACUUAGCAACUGCAUUGCUGGGGUUAAUUGUAUCCGUAGCAUGUCACUCACUGAUUAUUACAGUUUUUAUAAUGACUUUUUAAAACAUUUCUCUUUGGAAUAAAUAAGAAAUUAGCAACAGUAAUUGCUACCGACUUCUAUCCCUUAGUUGUGCUAUAUGGUCAGCCCAUGACCAAUAUACAGUAGAGUGCCCCAUACAGUAUAUUACUGUUAUGUGAUGAUUGGCUUUUGAAGCAAUUGAAUAUUGAAGUGCUCUGAUGUUCUAAUUGACACGGAACAAGAUUUCUUUCUGCUCCCCAAGUGGAAUUUUGUAAACAAUUUUGCUAUUUUUUUAAGCUGUUUAUAAAGAUGUGUCAUUUCCUAGGGAGGGGUUGUCCAUCAACAAAUAUCAUAACUACUACUUACAUUCAACCUGGUGGUAUAGUGUUUUGAAAGAAGACUUUUUUUCAUUGUUUUUAAUCAUGGAAAUCUUGGAAUCAGCUUCAGUGUUUAGAUGUUACAACAAAAGACUACAGCUUUUGGUAAGAAUGAUAUUUGGUGACGGAAGCUUGUUCAUAAUUUAUUAUUACUAUUAAAGUACUUGGAUUUUUCUCACAGGUAAAUAUUUUGAUUUGUUCUGUGCCUUCAGUUUAAAUUAUUUCAGGAUUUUUCAGAUGUGUUUAAACAAUGUUGUGAUAAUCGUUCAGGAUGGAAAUAAAAGUCAUCCUUUCCAUAAAAGUGACCCUUUCUUCUCAGAAAACAGCAGAUGUUAACUCAACUUCUGAUCCUCAGGACCACAGACCCACCUGCGUGUUCUCAUUCCUGUAGACAGGACCCAGAGAA